UGCAUCUUGAUUGAUAGUUGAUGUUAUUAUGUUUUUAGUGCUCAAGGUUCAGACCAAAGGUUCAACAGCUCUUAAACAUUCUGAUUGUUGAAGGCCCUGAUUCAUUAUCUUUCAGAUACUUGGCCAUGUUUGGACAGUUUGUGUUGUCUUCUUCCUUUGCUGACAUUGCGAUGGGUGUUCAGGGUAAGAUGAGGGGUCGAAUGGAGAAAUAUGUUGUUCUUCCUUUCUCUAUGGGAUGUGUUUCUCAGGCCAGUGUCGCUGUGGCCGAACAAAGGCCUAGAAGAACAAAAGCGGACUUACUUUCCCCUUCAUUAAGAAUCCGAGAAGAAGAUGAUGACGAUGACAGCUUAUCUGGUGAGAGCAUGAAGCAUUCUUCAAGGUUUUUGGCACUUCCAAGACCUAACUUGUCUACAGGAGUUAACCGGCUAGUGAAAGGUUUCAAGAGCUUGUCACAACUAUUCAUUUAUGAAGAUGAAAUGGAAGGGUUGGGAAUGAACAUGGAAAUAGGAAGUCCAACGGACGUGAAGCACGUAACACACAUCGGAUGGGAUAGCUUAGCCAAUAAUGACCCACUGAUGGGGUGGGAUAAUCUCAUAAGUACUGAGUUGCUGGCUCACCCAACUUCAUCUGCUGAUAGUUUGAAGCAGUUUAAUAAGCUUGCAGCAACUGCUGUUGAAAAUGACUCUCCAACCUUUGUCAGUAAACUCAAUGCCUCCACUUCAUUAGCUUAGUCUUGAAGAUUAUAUCUUUGCUUUUGAUCAUCUAUACAUUAUAUAGUAUAUAGUAUUUGUAGUAGUAUAUGCCUUGCAAUCAAAGUUGGGGUUUCUUGUAUGAUGUGGUUUGUAUUGUGCUAGUUUUGUGUCAUUAUGUACAAAUCAUGACAAUUUUUAUAAUGCACCACCACCUCUAUAAUCAUAUUGCAUAUUUGUAUUGUGGUUGGUUAUCAUUGGUUUGAUCUAGUGUGUACUCAUGUGUUGUAAAGAACAAGUUGUGGGUUUUAGAAUGAGAAAAGGUGAAGUUAUCUUUAA